AUGGCCGACCACUCUCCGAAACGGCCUGAACACGAGAUACGACCGGCGAGCCAUUCAGUUGCCGACAUGGGAACCCAAACUGAAGAGGAGGAAACCUCAGAGCGACAGAGGACAUCCCUCGCGAGGGCCCGAAGUUCCGCGCGUGACAAACAGAUUUCCCGACGAGGGUCUGUUAGGGAGGCCAAAAUCGUUACAACGUCCAAAGAGAGGUCGGAGCCCGCGCACCACGACCAUGACCGUGAAGGUGUGCCUGCCUUGAGGCUCGAUAUGGACCUAGAUGUCGACAUCAAGCUCCAGGCCAAGAUCAAGGGAGACCUUGAGCUCUCUAUUCUGGAUUCGGAGCAAGCCAGCCGUCAACUCAAAUCAAGGCGCCCGUCAUCCGCUUGA